AUGGCGCUUAAAGAGCAUCUGGAAAAGGAUCAAGUGGCGACGAUGGAUUCGCACGAGGCCUUCAAAAAGAGUGUUGAAGAAUAUAAAAAUCAAGCCGAGACGGAGAAAUCAACUCUGCAAUACCGGCUCGAUCUUACCGAACAGAAGCUCACUUAUAUUCAGAAACAGCUUUCGUCAGUUUAUCCUCAUCUUCAUGAUAAUUUGGAUAACAUCAUAAUGGCUGCGGCGGAGCAGGAUAGGCUUGCGAAGGAGGCACUUUUAUCUCAUUUUCCUGAAAUUCACUCCGAUUUUGGUAAUCUGGGAGAGGUUUUACAGGUGGUUGGAAAACAGCACAGUUUGAUGAGGCGGGAAAUCCUAUCCCGUUUCCCUGAGAUUCACUCCGAUUUGCGUAAUGUGGAGGAGGUGCUAGGGGCGGAGGUGCUAGAGACAGAAUCCCUGCCCAAGGCGAAGCGCGCGCGCCGCAAGCGUUAG